UGAUUUCGCUGGCUAUCUCCUACAUGCCGCUGUUCCUCCCUAGCGCUGUUGUUCUGUGUCAUAUUGACUGCUUACGGUCAGCUGCUUCGAUCUGGGCCCAUCGCACAGGCCGUUGUAGCGGCAUGACUUUAGAACGAAAGAUAGUGGCGUCAACAUCACCGAAACGCCCGGAAGGAUGAGCGGAAGUCUCGUAGAAGGAACUUGCAAGAAAGACUCGCUUUCCCGUAGACUGACAAUUGACGCGCGCGCGACGAUACGAUGUGAAUAUAAAAUCAUGUUAGAAGAACCGUCUUGACAACGUUAGAGUUUAGUGCGCAGAUUCGUUUACGGAGAUCAGGUUCAAAUGUUCGGACAUUGACGGCCCGCACCUAGCCGAUGGUCGGACAGAUGAGCGAAGUGGUCAAUCAAAUGGCCGGGAACCCCUGGCCGAAAAUCCGGAAGGCCGCCAAGAGUUGGCCCCCUCGUUAGGGGCUUGCUUCUGUUGGCAAUAUGUGUAUUUGUUGUUUAAUACAGUGUGUGACUGGCACGUAGUAAUAAGCAUGUCGUCAAGAUAUUAUAGCUGAAUUAAAUGAAUACCUAUUAUUACCAUUAGAAUUAUCUUGCGAACAUGCGCUAUCUUCACCGUCAACACUCGGACACGAACUACGAUAUAAUUACUUCGCAUGACAAAAUUUAGACCGCUAACGACAAGCUGACUUCGUCAAUAAUGACAGUAGUAGUAAACAAAUUGAGUUGAUAAGGCUUCUAGAAACAAUCUCUAGACGAGCUAAAGUGUUUACAUGGUGCAAAUAUUGUGAAAGUUGUUGAGUGUUAGUUAGAAGGGCAGGUUCAGUGACGAACAACUCUGAUUGUACCACGCCGAGGAGAUUCUGUUGAACAUUAAAGCGGUGAUCGUCACCUCAAAUAGCUGAGGAAAGGCCCAGGAAGCCAGAAAAACCGCGGAACUGGCUAGGGUGGGUGUUGAAGCACCUGAAUUCGACAAGAGACAUCACCAUGUUGGAGCUACCGUUCGACGUCACUUAGGGCGAUGCCGGUUAACCCAGCAGGAGAUGUAGAUCGCAGCUCCGUCGGGUCGGGCAACUCACUUGGGGAAAGGCCCCAAGUGAAAAUAACAAGGAAGCACACAAUUGUGUACCCAUCGGCUGAAGCGCCGCGCUGUCCACAAUGCGAAUCGGAAGGCCUUCGUCACUACAACUUCUCCGAGUGUACUUCCUGUAUGGAGCUGCUGAGGAGCGAAGCUACGACUGUCCCGCAGAUCCUUGCCAUGUUACGACACUGGAAUCCUGUAACGCAGAAACAUAUGCACAUUAUCGCCUCUGAGAUUCUCCGGCGAGGCUCGAACGUAAAUGAUCGUGAUGGCCUGACAGAUAUGAGCCUACUUCACUAUGCCGCUAAGGGAGGAGCUCUCGCAGGGCCUCUUGUGGCAGGCCAAACUGUUACAGCCCUCUUGGACAGGGGUGCCGAUCUCAGAUUGCGUUGUCGUUGGACAGACAUGACGGCCUUACAUUACGCUGUAUUCUUCGAUGUCCCCAACGUUGUCGAGAUUUUGCUAAAAGCCGGAAAGCGUUCCGACCUGGAGGCAACGUCAAAUGACUUCGAGGGUGGCACCUCGUUACAUAUUGCCGCUGCGAACCUCAACGUUGAAUCAGCGAAACUCCUCGUCCAAUAUGGAGCUAAUAUUAACGUCACGGAUAAUUUAGGGCGUACGCCAAAUGAGGUGAUACCGCCCACUCUCGAUCCAGACCUCGUGCCCGAAGAUGCGAUUGUGACACUGAAAGACUUACUUCGUUCAGAUUCGAGAGAUGAAAUUUUAGCUUCGCCGCAGACAUCAGUGUCCGGAAGAGUUCUACUACAAUCCUUGGGACUAAAAAUUGGCGAUCAGAUUAUGGUCAGCCCUAACAAGAUAGGAACUCUUCGCUAUUGCGGGACGAUUCAUUUCGCAACGGGCGUGUGGGCGGGAGUUGAACUCGAGGAACCUUCUGGGAAAAAUGACGGCUCCCUAGCUGGAGUUUCGUAUUUUAACUGCCCUGCAAACCAUGGAGUUUUUGUUCCAAUCACAAAGGUGUCCAGGCCCAGUCAGUCUAGCUUCACGGAUCCGCCUCCACGAAAGGAUCGUAUUUUCUCGUUUCCCAAACUCGAUGUCAGUCACGUAACCUCCAAAGUGCAAACCGGCCUUCGUGGCAGUCGGGUAGGCAGUGAUCCUUCUGUCGAGCCGCUCCAACUCGCUGUAGGGGAUCGCGUGUUGGUUGGUAAUAAGCGUAAAGGAAUUCUCCGGUUCAUCGGCGAGACUAAAUUUGCUUCUGGUUAUUGGGCUGGCGUUGAACUGGAUACUCCACAGGGGAAGAACGAUGGGUCCGUUGGAGGAAUCGAGUAUUUCAAAUGUCCACCAGCCCACGGGGUCUUCGCUCUUGUUGGACGCGUGAGGAGAAUCUUACCUGAAGAGGAAGCUGGAUCCGAUGAGUCGAUUAAAGACGCAAGCAUCUCACGUAGCCCCACCGAGGGCUCAACAACGUCAAGUUCGAGAAAGUCUAGCGUGUCCCAGUCAGCCCAGACCGCGGUCAGCGUUCGAGACGGGGGCGGAAGCAAGGUGGCGGAGAAAAUAGAAAAGCAUGAUAAAGCCGAUAAAGGAGAUAAGGGAGUAUCUACAGCCGCCACCGCCGCAGCAGCAGCAGCAGCAGCAGCUUUACUAGCAGGUACAGCGAAUGCAGAUAGAUGGGCAGACAAAGGCGAAAAACAGAUUAUCUCGACGACGUUGAAAAAGAGCUGCAAUUGGCUACGUGAAGGGAUGAAUGUUUUCGUACAGAAGGAACUCGGCAUUCUGCGCUAUAUUGGUCCACUCCAGUUCGAGGAAGGAACAUUCCUUGGGGUGGAAUUCAGGUUGCCAAUCGGCAAGCACGAUGGAAGCAUUGGAGGUACUAGGUAUUUUCGAUGUAAGCCUGGACAUGGACUCCUAGUACGGCCGUGCGUCGUCAACGUUCGUGGAAUCAACGGCGCCAAACUUUUCGAGCAGAAAGAUUCAUCAUAAACACAUCAUCAUUCAGCAGUUCGCAACAUCGACCAUGAGUUGUCACUGCGAAAUGAAAUGAAGAGCCAAAAUCAUGUUGACGGAAUCACCUCCAGCUGCAACUGUAUACUGUUGUAUUUUUACUAAAAUUUAUUUUUUUCAUAACUUAUUUUGUCAUUGGUAAUAACCGUUACCUUCAUAUCCGGCUACCUGUUUCCGCCGUCGGAUUCGACUUUCUCGGUUUCCUUUACGAAAUUCAUCUGAACUACGUACAACUACUUGAAGUUUCGAAUGAAUCGCUUAAACAUUGAACAAAAAGUAGAGCUUACUUUUUGUGGUGUACUUAAAUCGUAUUAAAUUUAUGUUAUGAGAAGGACAUUAUAAAUAUACGCACACACUUUCAGUAUUAUAACGGCACGAUGUCGAGUGAACGCAAGUAAUACGUAAAUGUAUGAAGCCAAUGCUAGACACUGUACUGUAACAAACGACUUCUUGUUCAAUCACAACGUCGUUCUUCUGACGAUAUGAUGUAUGUUUACCUGACGAUGAGGUGUUUGUUUACCAGCGGGCCUAUUACACUCUAGUUAUCGUACGAAACCGUGAUAGCAGAGCGCGAAACAGCCAGCAGCAAUGCUCUGUUUGUUAUUGCGAGAAAACAAGUCCAUCUUCUAAAAGUUCAUAAUCGAGUUAGCUCCGCUAAUGAGAAUGCGCAUUAAUAUUAAAAUUAUGAUUUUAAAUAAGUAAGCAUCUAGGCAAGUUCCUUGGUUGAAUUUGUAUGGACAGUUCAUAGAUCCUGUGCGAAGCGGACGAGUGGAUAGGUUGCAGCAAGAAAGGAUACAAACUGAGAAUAACCUAUAGGAGUGGGUGGUAAUCCUUUUGCUGAUGAAUAUUGCACUAGUUUGCGCAAACACAUCAAACCAUCUUCACGUUACAACAGCAACGAGCAAAAGCUGUCAGAAAAACAUGAAGAAGAUCAACAAUGUCAGUUAGUUCGGAACUUGUGACCGGCCUUACACAUCUAAGCUUAAAAAAGGAUCAUCGCCCAGCUUCGUGGACGAUCCCCACAAUUAAAGUGCAAUAAUUUUGCAAAAAAAAAAUCCAGAAAAUACAGUCCAAGUACAUUGUGGACACGAUGAAAUGUCAUUUACGAGCACCGGUAUGUCUACGCUUGCGCAUGUAGCUUGCUCUAUCUUUCCACCAUUGUGAUAUACCUAAUCGCCAUCCGCACACAAGCAGUCGAUACGCAGGAGUGGGUCUAAUGCAGUUUUAUCCUCUUGGGGUGAUAUAUUCUAAUACCAUCUUAUUACAUUUGUACGUAUUAUAUAUGUACUCCGGUUGCGUCGCACAGCAACUGCUUGACGAUGAGCACUCAUUGCAAAUGCAGACCGUCACUGUUUACAUACCGCGAGCAAAUCAUGGGGUGGCUAAUGGCGGAUUUUUUAAAUAAACGUCACUUCUCUUGUCUCCUGUAUUUACUAGCUAGCGUUUUUCGAUUCUACGUACAUUGCAAAAUUCGAAUCGAGCUUCUAGAGAUCCGAGCGUACCUGAUGACAGAGAUGAACAUCUGUGAUCAGUAAAAAAGCAGAAGCGACAUAGACAGACUCAACUGCUCUUAGUUAGCUAACAGCCAAAUGUAUACGUACUUUAAUAUUUACGCGUUGAAUAUAUUUACGUAUAGAUACGUACUUUAAAUGACGUCAGCUGACCAAAUAUGGAACGGGAUCGGACUGUUCAUGCCGCUGAUUAUUUAGUGUAUAGUGAUCACAAGAUAGCAUACCAACGAUACAGGAGCAGCGAAAUGUCCGAAGUCUGCAAUAAUGACGACGAGUAUUUAUUUUAGUGAGGAUCGUCAAGAACUAUUAUUAUCCUUAUUAUUAAUAUAGUAGCGAUGUAUGACUGCAACACGCAGGAAACAGAAAAGCAACAGUAUAUCUAUUGAAGAUCUAAUUUUCAACUGUCAUUAAAAAAAAGCACGAAACGCCACUUGAAUCCGCCUGUCAGAUUUCAGCUACAGCUUACAAUCAUAGAAAUUCUAACGUGUUGAUCGUGUUUGACCGAGGCCAAUAUUCGGCGAGAAAAAAAAAACAACUCUACCCUACUGACUCCCAUCUUUCCAAUCCGCUAAUACAAUUGUUGUGCGUGACAUUCGUUUAAGGCUUUGCUAUAACAGUGUGCCUCUGUACAGACUUCAAACACAGAUCCGAAGCAAUCAGACUAACAACAACAAAAUUGACAUUAAUGACAUCUUUUUUACAGGCGCGUAAAAGGGUUCGCAGAUCGCUGUGUGCGCGCGCGCGCGCGCGCGUGUGUAUAGACAUUUUGCUGAAUAAUGAAUCUAAAAUUUAAUUGAAACAUCUACUAAAGUUUUCUCAAAAUACCUUCGUAGCACCUAGCCAUAUUUAAGUAACUAGAUUUAUCUAAAGUUGGAACUUAGAGAAAGUGUAUAUCAAUUCCGGCACGUACGCACAAUGCGGCACAAAUGAAUCUGGCAGUAUUCAUACUCUGGUCAUAGGAACCCGAAUGAAGCACGAUAGCACAGCAUGGACUUUUCCACAGAAGUGAAAUCAGAGGCCAAUAUCAGAGGAGUAUUGUGAAGUUUGUGAUAUUGUUUGCCUGCUCCUAUGGGUAAUGUUUUAGCGGCUGACAACUUUCACGAGGACUUUGAUAGCGUUUAAUAAAGCUAGCUUCAAGAUCGCAUUUCAACUACUAAGCGGUGAAGAGUGAUUCUGGUCUCUAUUGCAGGUACCGUAUCGAUUAACAAUUACUCUAUCGUAUCACGUUGGGUAUUUUAUUAUGUGUACGACGGUGAUUAAGCAGUUCUAAAAAGAUCUGCACUGUCUACGAAGGACGCAUACGUUUAUGGUGAACGAAAAAUACUUUUUGCUUAGCUUCUUGAUGAAGGAGCGAUUUACCUUUAUGGAAUACGUUAAGUCAAUCGCCGCGGAAAAACGCUCCGAGGUCUAACAAGCAGUCGAGUUUGUUGCAUUUGCUUAAAACGCCUUCAAAAUGAUAUUUACCGUGAAAACGAAUUUAUAUACACGAGAUUUACGUUCUCCAAAACACUUUACGAACGAACGAUAUACGAUGCCCAAAUAUACACGCCGAGCUGAAAUGACGCAUUUUACAUCGGCACCAUCUAUUCAUUCGAUGGACCCAUCUCGAUAAAGACAUAAAGGUAGGAAGGACGGCUUUCAUUGUGCGUUUCGAUUCACAACCUAGCGUACAUCAGCAGUCCGCCCAUAUCACAAACGGACGGGGUCGCUAUAGAUAUUCGACAUGACGCAAAUCAUCGUUGCUGUUCUAAUAGAGAUACUACUACUGGUAACGGCUUGCAGCAUCUGUGUGCUCCUGUCUCUUCAGACCAUGUCAUCCUACUUUCAGUUUUCCCGACUCCCGGCCGCCUGCAACGAUAUAAACUGAACGGCAUAAUGAGCUGAUGCUAAUGCGACUGAAUGAACAUGACAAUUCCGAGCAUACGUCAUACGUAAAGUUAGCCUACCCACGCAAUGCCGUUGGGAUGGGAACCUGGGCUGAGACGGUGGUACCGUGAGCUGCACUGAGCGAACCGAGCUUCAUUUUAAUAAAUAUGAUGCCUACAGAAAAAGCUGGCGAAGUGAUUAGAGCUCUUUUGCUUUUUAAACAAUUUUCUCUGACCUUUUUCAAACACCUUUUGUCCGACCCUUUCGAUUGGCUUGUUGUUUCUUAAGGUGUGAAUAUCGGUUUUUGCCCCGGCCUGCAUCAAUGGGCAAGACACACAAAUAGAGAAAAAUGUACAGCUAUGUAUAACAGGCAGACUGAAACCUAGAGAUAAGAACGUUUUCGUCUCGAUGGAAACAAAACAAUUGUAUCUGAUCAUGACUUAAUUUCACUGCUGUUAAUUCGUAGUUUCUAUCAUAAGCCAAUUCUUAGCAAUAAGCUUAAGUGCAAUAACAUGAUUUUUCAACAACACACUUGCUAUUGCUAGCAAAAUUCUGUUCAACGUUUAAAACUUAACGUUUGUUCACUAUUUGAAUUUCUUUGGAUCUCGUAUCGUGGACUGGAAGGGAAAUUUUUCAAGUAUUUUUUACGUCUCGUGUGUGAAUAAAUACGCAGCAAAGUGUCAUGACAACGCUGGUAGCUUCUUGGCAAACUACACUAACAGGGCGCAAAGAACAUGCUGUAUUUCGAAUAAAAACGUGAACUGUUCGCGGGGUAAAUGCAGGACACUCUUCUGGACAUUUUCGUUAUGCAGGGCGUUCUGUACGCAUUUAGGAGAAAUCGCCGAUAUUUACCUACAACGAACGGAGGUAAAUUAUUCCCCAGUUCUAUUCAUGAGUAUACCGGUCAAACAUCUCACUUAUAUAAGGAGCAAAUGGGCUAUACCGUUGGAAAUGAGGCGCGCAACGACCAGACCCUGAUGAGGCGUUCUCAGUUAGAUAUUUAUAGCUAUACGUAUGUAGCAAUGUGCAACGGAUCUAAAAGGAGUAUAUUCUGUAUCGUUUAAAAAUAUAUACAAAAAGGUUAUUAUGCAUAGGUAUUUCUCGUAGGUUUUCGAAAACCAGAAAAUCCUGUACUUAGCACCGUUAUCCGAAAAGUACAUAUUUUUUUCCAAGAAUUUCCUCAGUUAUUCAUUACAAUUUAGUACAUUAUCUUGUUUCCAUAAUCGAUAAUAUUAUAUUAGUUCAUGAUCUUUCAUUAACUUCUCGUGUGCUUUCUGAUCUAUUUUCACUUCUUUGCCCCCUAUCGUUCAGUUUUCUUUUUCUUUUUUUUUUUUUUUUAUGUACUUUUUUUUUAUGUAUUACAUAUAUGCAUUAUGACUAUCUAUGACACUGCGCCAUUUAAAUAAUAACUUCCGCUGUUGGAGGGAAUUCGGGUAAACGAGUCGACGAAGUCUCGAAAGUCAAUUUCGACAUCAUGCUGAGAUUUGGACAAUUUUCUAUUACGAGGUUCUUAAAAAAAUGUUAAUUUAUAGACGUAACGUUAGACAAGUAUGGUGGAUGAGAGGGAGCUUCCAGGCGUAACGUCUGCAUUAUCGCUGCUGUGAUGAAUGCGGUGUGAAAAUGAGCAGAGGUGGUUUAUUUUUGUUCGUUAAUUUUGCUACCUGAUUCAAAGUUUUCAUUAUUCCCUCGUCCAGUUGUUGACCGUAUGCUACCUGGAAUCAACUCAACCAAGAUUCAUGAAGCUGCUGUGAACUGUCCAACAGAUCCUACAAGCUAUAGCAACUGAACAUUUGUUUUAGAAUAAUGUCCCCUACUGCUGUGAGCGUCUGCGAUUAUCGUAGAGGAUCAAUCUUCCAUUCUAGGAUUUGGUAUAAGGAUAGGUCACUGUUAUAAUUCUUUUAUUAUGUACUAAUUUUUUUUUCCUGGCUAAUUUGCUUUAAAUAAUAAGUAAACAUAAAACGUUUGCAUACACCAAACCCAAGUUCCGACGUUUAUGUAUCUUGCGAUGAGUCACUCGUUCCUUGACUGCGCAGGACGCCGUUUACGUGACUCACGUGCUAGUUCGAAAUUUUCUUUCUAGUAUUUACUGGAUUAACGGGUUACGCUGUUUCUGGACGUAUAUCUUUUACUGAAUACAGCAUUUAUACAGAUUUCAAACGGUAAAAACACGUCUCAAAUACAAAAGACUGUAAUGACCGCUAUCCAUAAAAUAACGUCAUCUUGAAAUACUAAAUUAAUAUUUGUCACGUUUCACACCUAACGACCCAUUAUCACCCGCAAAAUAUGUAUUUCUAGCUCAGUUUUUCCAGAGCUAGGAACAUGCCAAAAGGAAAUAUUUCACGUUGCAAACUUAUCAAAUCUAAUCGUUGGUUUUAACUCGCUGUGUAACCAUUUUCAAAAAUAUUGGGAAUGAUCGCCAGUCAUGCGCUGGGCACUGUUGCAAAUUUUUUUUUAACUCUGAAGUACUAGGCGUCCACAUAUCAUUUGUUUCACCUUAGAUGAAUAUACACUUACCUAGUAAUGUCAAGAGGCUCAAUCAUUCAUAUCUAACGCUCGUCAGUAUUUUCCGGGGGCUAAUUCUUCCUUUCGUAGUUCUUCUCCAUGUUUAACUCGCUACCCCAAUGAGCUCGUUCCAGGACCCACGGUAUCGCCAGUACUAGUAAUCCGACUGCUGUACUUGUCUAUCGUAUUGUCUUUGACUACCUUCCUGGGUUCUAGACUACAGCCGUGGGGGUAGUCAAGCUAUCGCGGCAUCAUCACAACGAAGCUGUACUGCGCCCAGCGACAUAGAGCUCGGUCUCAACCCAAUAAAGAAAAUGAACGCGUACUGACUGGAAACUUUUAAUCGUUUGUACACCACGUACACAGCGUUCAGUGACGGCGGCAACGACAAAGCGUUUUCAUUCUCAGUAUAAAACUGACUUCAGUCUCCCUAGAGAACUAGCAUUGGUGAUACGCCUUUCACUCGGUUGUAUUCGGGCUACUAACGACUGAAAAUAAAUCCAUACUACAAUUACCGCAACAAUAUUAUACCGAUAUCGUUGCUACUCUUUCCGUCUGUCUGCCUCUAUUGUCCCUGCACACCUCUCCGUUCCUCUUGGGGAAUCAGGUUGUUGAAGACCGUCAAACGCAUGAGCAUCGGCGGUGGAUGUUUACGAUCUGCUUCGGUGCAACAGCACAAUAUGGCGUCAAUCGGACGCCAUGUUGGUGCUUCGAGUAGUCCGACCAGUUGCCGUGCGUUGAAAUUGACGGUAAAUCAGCGACAGGCCAUCCACAAAUAAUUCUGUCUACUUUUUUCUAAGUAGUACCUGAUAUGACCAACACAACUACAAAAGGGACGCCUACCGUGAAAGGCUACAUUACUUACCUACCUGCUAUCAAGAAAAAACUUUUAUCACAAGGCAAAUUGAUUACACAUAUAAUGAAGGAUCUAAGCAGGCGGCGAAUCCUCCUAAUUUUUUUCCCAUUUAUAUCGCAACUAAUUACAAGGGGCUGACCGGGUUGUCAAACUCAUUUCCCAGAGCAUCAUCUCGAGCAUCCGGUCUGCGACGAUCUUCGAUUCUCUCUUCAGUCUUAAUGGAAUGAACGACGAGAUGUACCUUCAAUUACAUCCUUCGUCAUCGCUUCACUCCCACGUCUGAGACUGCCGAUGGCUACUAAUUACUUUCAGCAACAAACAGCAAACAUAUCCACUUAGAUGCAAUGAGUUAGACCGCAUCAUGUUAGAAGCACCGGGUCAGAAUCAAAGUCAUGCACCACAGAAUGUUUGGAAAUUUACGCAAUCUUGUGCAAAAAUAGACAAAAUUUAAGUGCAAGGAAUCUGAGUGCUAUUUUUCCUUUUUGCCUGUAAAUACAUACUUGGAUAAUAGAAUCUAUUUUAAAAUAACAAAGGAAAAUAAACUAUCCAUAAGUCUAACUGAAAGGAUGCCAGUUUGCCCUUAGAAUCUUACAGGACCCAAAGCAGCGUUUGAUUCGCGUCAAAAUAACGUUUUGUGUUUUUUCUUUUCGUCGUCUGAAAUACGCGAUACCGUCCAGAUAAAUAUUUCCGAAAAACAAGGGCGAGAAAACGUAUUACAUGAAGGGUUAACCUCAAGCUUCAGCUAAUUAGGUAUAACGUAUAGGCAACGUUCUAAACAAUCUGUAUGAUCAACGUGAUAUAAUUCACUUCUAUAAUUGCAAAGGAUUAGUCCACUGCUUCGCAUGCCCUUGAGCUCCUUCAAAGGAUUCUAUUAUCUGAAUAUGAAGCAAAAACGAUCAUAAGAAUAAUGCUCCUGUGCAGCUAUAAGGAAAAAAAAUAAUUUAGAAGUGAGUUAAGUGUAUAAUAUAAUAAAUGUUUGUACAUUCUCAUACGGAAUUUUACAAACAGGCUUUUUAUAAAUUUGUGUGUACGUUAGCUGAUUCAAUGUCGCCAACUGAUACAAAUGUGAAUGUAAAAAACAGCAGUAUAGCCAUAGGACUGUAUGGGUCUAAUAAUGUGUUAAAAAACUACUAGGGAUCCGUUGUUCAUUGCGUAACAUUUGAAUUUUUCUGCAAAUGGGAUGAUUUUUUUCUGCUGUAAUGAAGAAAAUUUGGCGUAGGUGUCGAUGAACGUGAAGUUAACCCAUUUCCUCCUAUGACACACUACGUAUGCUAACUUGAAUAAAAAAAAAUAGACAUUUACUUUGGUGCUGUGACCUUCAUCAUUGGGUUAUUGUGCCAAAUUAUCAUUUAUUUCCGAUAAUGUUACUUUGACAAAAAACUGAAUAUCGGUUUGCAAAUUUCUCGUCAUAGUUUGACAAAGGCGAUCGUUAUGAUAAAAGCUUGCAGAAUCCCGAUAUGAGUCUACAAAGCUUAUUUCGAAAAUCUAGUGUUACAGACUUAUUGUUUCGUGGUCACCAUCAAUUUCAAUUUGCUUCGCUUGGUAUAUCUACCUACCAUGGCACCCGAACGUCAACCAGCGCGUAAAACAGACAGAUGAAGUAGGUCUCUUUUGUGAUCGGAAAACAUAUAUUCAGAUUGUUUUCGGUGUGAGCGACUGUUCAAAGGCCUAAUUAUCAGGCCUAAUUAUUUCUAACUUUCAGAAAUGUCAUAAACUCAUGCAUAAAACUUGUAAAAUAAAUCAAUGAUUUAUGUGGUAAUUUCUUUUGAUGUCAGCGUGUACACUUAUGACUUUGUCUAACCACUAUAACAAUUUUCGCGGUUUUUUUUUGUGUAGAUCUUGACUCGCUUGACCCGAAGACAAUACGACGUCAAUACCAUAUAUGGAAAAAUUGACUUAGCCUUAAAAAACCUAUAUAUCAACAUAAACUCCAAUACAGACAGGAGACGAGUUUUUUAGCUCUACCAAUAAAUGUUGAGAUACAAUAGUUAGUUCAUUGAGCCUUGCAUAAUAGGCAAAAACGUUUGUUUUGGAUUUCGACAAUAAACAUUUUCCCAUUUUUAUGAUAAAGCUAAUAUCGUAUUUCCUCAUGAAAAUGGUCGAGCCUCUGUAAAAGUAUAAUAAUUUCAUUUUACAGCUUUUCGUAUUGGUUUUCAAAUGGCAUAACAUAUAAAAAAUAAAUCUGUCUCACUUGGAAACAGUGCAAAAGGUAACAGGCCAACGGUAACACACUGAUGGUUUCAUUGUAAUGGGAGCACAAGAAAUAAGUUCUAUCUCAAUUCCAAUGUGGCCAGAACGCUAUAACGAAAAAGCUACCUACAACGAGAAAACUGCAAAGGUUGGGAUAGGAAGAAUAACAGCAGUGGGGCCAUACGGAGACAGCGCAAUAAGGUAACGUAACAGCAGUGACGAACUCGGUUAGGUUUAGGUCGAUUAAGACUGAAUUCGCUUUAGCAUAGACUAAAUGAGGUAGUAUCUCUAUAGCGAGCGGUUCACGGGCGAGGAAUAUAGAAGUACGUGCAUGAGCCUGGCUGUUUAUAUAAAAAAACAGGCUGAUCGAAGUUGUGUAUGUAUAUUAUCGUUUGCUACCACAAAGGCAUUAAAUAUUUCGUUCUAAUGUAUCUUGAAGCUUUAGAAACAAACGUCCAUCGUGAGGCAUUAUAUAUAUAUAUAUAUAUAUAUCCAUCUUUCGUUUCUCUCUAACAAGCCGUAAAACCUCACUGGCGUGGAGAGGUCAAAGUUUAUCUUCCUACUUACCGAUGGUCUAUAUAAAUGAGACUACAGUGGCGCUCAUGCCAACAUAAAAACGCACGCCUUUCGAUGUGUUUUACUAUUUAUUACUGGUUAGCAGUAGCCUCUGUUGUCCGUCAUUGGCUGCCUGUAGCCUACAGAGUAAGCAGCAAUUGGUACAAUGACGCCGCUCCCGCUGCUGCAGCAGCGCAAGGAUGACUAUGCAGUGCAUUAGUUCGUUUUCUACUCACGCACGACACUUUUCGGACGCGGCAGCGGCACUAAUCCUGGGUCGUCGGCAACUUACUCGUGCCUGCGUGAUUCAGCCCCACUUUGGGCCGAACCCAACGUCCUAGAACCUGACCAGCCGAUCCAUGCAAUAGCCUCUCACACAGUUUCGUGCUUAGCUUAAGCGCUGUACCAAGCAGCAGAGGGUGGACACAGUGCAGGACCGCUCCGAAGUGCACUAGCGUGAUCGCAAUUAGCUUCCCGGGUUUACCGAACUGCCUAUCCACCGACUCUACUAGCUAAUGGCCAAAAGCAAGCGAUACCUCCCAGCACAUUUUUCAUUGUUUUACCU